AUGGUUUGGGAUCGUCGAACACGUGUCGCCACGUGUACUUUGAAUAACUGGGCAUUGGAUUUCAAGGGAAACUAUGAGCGGAUUGUAAAAACUUGCGAAGAAGCGAAUUCGAUUGGCGCCAGAAUUCGAGUUGGACCGGAACUUGAGAUUUGCGGAUAUGGAUGUUCGGAUCAUUUUUUCGAAUUGGACACUGAACGACAUUCGUGGGAAAUGUUGAGUCGGAUUGUGGAGAAGAGUCGAGAGGUGAAUUUUCGACCAUUUUUUAUUAUUGAAAGAAUUUUUCCGAAAAAUUUAGAAAAACAAAAAUAAAGCUGAAAAACAGAACCAAUCAGAUCCCGAAUUUUGAAGAAAAAGGCUAAAGAAUGUUUUUUUUUCGAAAAAAAAUUCAAUCUGUAUUCGAUGUUUUCAUUGGAGUACAUAUAUGAGUUAUUUAUGACGUGGAAAAUUUUGAGCAAAAUUUCAGAGAAAAUAUAUACAACAGCUAACAAAUAAACACUGAAAAUAAAUCUUGGAAGUUUCAGUGGCCAAAUCUUUUGGUGCUAACCGGAUUGCCUGUCAGAUUUCGAGGAUUGCUUUAUAAUUGUAUGGCUGCUUUGAAAAAUGGGUGAGUUCUAUCGAUUCUGAAAAAUUUGUGAUUCAGACAAAUUUUUUAAACGUGACCUAUAUUCAACUAGAACUAAAAAAACAAAUUUCUUUUUAAAGAAUUCAUUUCUUUUUAGAAAACUUCUACUGAUUCGUGCUAAAAUGGGAUUAGCAAAUGACGAUGUUUAUCGAGAAGGUCGAUGGUUUGUCAGAUGGACAGAACCAUUCAAAAAUUAUCAAUUCAAUAUUUUACCCGAUUAUUGUUUCGAACAAUCUACAGUACCAUUUGGUGAUGGAAUUCUCGAAUCUGAAGACAAUGUUCGAAUUGGAUUUGAAAUUUGUGAAGAAUUGUGGUCGGCAAGAUCAACAAAUAUUUCAUUAGCCGAACAAGGCGUUGAUAUAAUUUGUAAUGGUUCGGGAAGUCAUCAUAUUCUUGGAAAAUCAAAUUAUCGAAUCAAUCAAUUGAUUCUUGGAUCGUGUGGGAAAGUUGGAGGUGUUUAUAUUUAUGCGAAUCAUCGAGGAUGUGAUGGCGAUAGAGUUUAUUAUGAUGGAGCAUCGACUAUUGCGCAUAAUGGUGAAUUAUUAGCACAGAUUAAUCAAUUUGAUAUUGAAGAUACUGUAAGUUAUUAUAAAUUAAAUUGUCUGAAAAUCGUUUUAUUCUGUUUAGUGUGUAACUUCUGCAUUGGUUGAUUUGGCUGAAAAUUUGACGUUUCGACAAAAGAAAACGAGUAGCCGAGACACUGCAUCUGAAAAAUCAGCAGUUGAAACAAUUCGAUUUGAAGGAACUUUUACAAAAAUCGCUAAACUCAAUGAAAAAUGCACAGCUCCUAUCCAACACUUCGAAAAACUUCAAUUAUCUCCCAUCGAAGAACUUUGUCAUGGACCACCUGCAUAUCUUUGGACAUAUUUGAGAAGAUCCGGAAUGUCUGGAUAUUUUGUACCACUUUCUGGCGGACAAGAUUCAUCGGCUGUUGCUGCGAUGGUUCGACUUAUGUGCGAAAAAGUAUGCGCGGCUGUGAAAUUUCGAAGAGAAAAUGGAUUGGAAGAUGAUCCGGCGUAUUUUUUGAAUGGAAAGAAGGUGACUGAGAAUCCCGAAGAAUUAUGUAAACAGGUGAGAGUUUUGGAAAAUUGGGUCUAA